GUUAUGAUUUGGGUCACGUCGUCCGCCCCCAGCCUACCGUAUCCGAUGAUCAUAUCCAAAGUCCAACUUUGUGAUCAACUAUCAAGAAAUUAAAGUUAUUUCAUGCACUUCCUCAGAUAGUUAGCUUCCUUCAUAUCCAGGAACUGCAUUAGUAAUUUAAUUUUCAAAGAAACAGAACGGUGGUGUUUCAAGCUGUUUCAGGGGUCUGUGUUGUUCAAUCGGCUCAUAAGUUAAAAUCUGAAAUUUCAGCAAAGGUUAAAAAUGCAGAGUUUCUUUGUAUUCGUGCUAGCACUGACUGUAGGAUACGUAACCUGCCAUCCACAUGGAGCCCCCACCACAGCUUGCAACACCAUGUACCCAUUACAUAAACACAACCCACAAAAAUCGCCUUGUCCUUUCGAAACAAAACCAUAUCAGGCGGACAUUUUUUCUAAUUCAAGUGUGAGAAUUGCUCUUCACACUUUGUCAUUAACUGCAUCAUCUGACAGUUCAGAAGGUUCAUCAAGCUCAUCAGAAACCUCUAUUGACUCCUUCAACGGCUAUAUGAUAAUGGCUUUUGAAUUGCCUUCCGAAAAUGCAGUAGCUCUAGGAACAUUUCAAGUUCAUAAUGAUUCACAUACCAUAGAUUGCCAUGGACUGUAUCAAAAUGCAGCAACACACUCAAGUAAAUCACAUAAAAACAUUGUACACCUAACUUGGACCCCUCCAGCUGACUUCGAAGGCGACGUGAUUUUUAAGACAACCUACGUGGCAUCCAAAAAGCUUUUCUGGAUGAAUCAGGUUUCCAGCCCUGUGCGUGUCAAGUUGGCAGGUGCACGGGAAGAUGAGAAAAGUGCCAAAACAGUUUUACUGCCGAAUGACUUUUCUGAAGCAAAAUUAUACGAAGAAAUUGCUUUUUUGGAAUCAAGCCAAUAUAUUAGUCUGUGGGUCAUCUGCAGCUUGUUCAUCGUGGGAUUUUCUUGUGCCGUUCUAGCCAAGUUGAUCAUGGCUUCCCGCGCCAAGAAAUAUGCUACCCUCGAAUCAAUUUAAAUGGCAAUUUUUCCUGAUCGGGUUUCGCUUCUCUAUUACUACGUAGAUUCGUAGUAUCUACAACAAUUUUAAAGCUCAAAUAAGCUAAAAAUAGUUCCUUUGCUUUUCAACCACCCUCAGUUGUUCUUGAAAUUUCCAAACAAAUGGAUGCAACAGCCUCCCAAAAUUUUUACUGCUGACUGUAGUUGUCAAUUUUAAAGAUAAACAGAAGCAAUUUUAAA